UUACUCUCUCCAUCGCUCUCUCGCUCUCUUUCCCUGAGUGUGCGAGAGGAGUUCAGGCAGCAGCUACGUCAGCCGUCAGCGAGCAGCUGAGGAGAGCUGUGGAACUCACAUGUAUCUGUGUGUGUGAGUGUGUGUGUGUCUCUCUCUCUCAUCCUUCUCUCAUAGUCUCCAGCUCAUGCCUCUACUCUCUCUGGAGUCUACGGCUGUGGCACAUCCUGGGGCACUGACACGCCGAACGAAGCACCUCCUCUCACCAUCUGCACUCUGCUCCUCAAACAGCAGCACAAACCAAGGAGAAAAGAAGGAGAGAGUGGAAGCAAAGGAUGGAAGAGAAGAAGAGAGAGAUGAGAAUCUGAGGAAAAAGUGCGGAGGUAGGAGAGGCUGACUGAGAGUAGAUGGACAGAGUAGAAAAAGUGUGUGAAGAAAUAGUAUUGGAAGCAUGAAACAGAGAUGAAGUGAGGAAAGCAGAAAGCAGAGGUGAAACUGAUCCGAGUAAUAUUUGUCAUAAACAGGACGCAGUUGGGUACGGGAGAGAAUAACAACCUUAGAGAAAGAAGAUUUAGGAAAAAACUGUACCAACAUAGCUGGCGAAACGGAAAAGAGCAAAGGCUCAGGGAGAGAUCAGAGUAAUUUGCAAAGGGCUCUUCACACGCCGCCCUGGCCAACCACAUGCCCAUCGAAUUUGUUUGUAAAAUCAAGUUUGCUGAGGGCGACGAAGCCAAGGGGGCCUCGACAGACGGAGGCGGAACCGGCAUGCUAGAUGAAGGCCUUCAGCGGCGAAAAGGAGGCAUGGCUGACCUGUCGUCCUUUGCUAGCUCCUCUUCGCUACACGGUCUGGCUCGGGUAUUGGGGACGUCAGGACGCUUGGGCUUCAGACAGACCCUCUGGGGACUGGCACUGUUGGUCUCGCUCAGUCUCUUCCUGUACCAGGCGACAUGGAGCGCGGCAACUUAUCUAGAACAUCCCCACCUCGCAUCUCUGAGGGAAGAAACCCACCGUGAGCUCACCUUCCCGGCAAUCACGCUCUGUAACGUCAACCGAUUCCGCUUCUCUGCCCUCACAGAUGCGGACAUCUACCACCUGGCUAACCUCACCGGCCUGCCGCCCAAGAGCCGUAAAGGACACCGGCCAAGCGAGCUCCAGUACCCUCCCCCUGACAUGCUAGACAUUUUCCAGCGGACUGGCCACCAGUUGGAAGACAUGCUGAAGAGCUGCAACUUCAGCGGGCAGAACUGCUCAAGCGAAGACUUCAGUGUGGUUUAUACACGGUAUGGGAAAUGUUACACGUUUAAUGGAAACAAGACGUCACCCAAGCGGGUGAGACAAGGCGGCACUGGAAACGGCCUGGAGCUGAUGCUGGAUAUCCAGCAGGACGAGUAUCUGCCCAUCUGGAGAGAAACCAAUGAGACGACGCUGGAAGCAGGUAUUCGGGUUCAGAUUCAUAGUCAGAACGCCCCUUACAUCCACCAGCUGGGCUUUGGGGUCUCUCCAGGAUUCCAGACAUUUGUUUCCUGUCAGGAACAGAGGCUAACUUACCUGCCACAGCCGUGGGGAAACUGUCGGGCUUCAUCUGAGCCUGUGAUCCCAGGAUACGACACCUACAGCGUCAGCGCCUGCAGACUGCACUGCGAGAGCACACAGGUGCAGAGAGAGUGCAACUGCAGGAUGGUGCAUAUGCCAGGUGAUGCUGAUAUCUGCUCACCGAGUAAAAUCAAGUGUGUUGACAAGGCGUUAGCUUUACUCCAGAAGAGCACAGGUGACUCAUGUCCCUGUGAGACACCCUGUAAUUUGACUCGGUAUGGAAAAGAGCUCUCUAUGGUUAAAAUCCCCAGCAGGGGCUCUGCUCGCUACCUUUCUCGCAAAUACCAGAAAUCAGAGGAAUACAUUAGAGACAACUUUCUCAUCUUGGAUAUUUUCUUUGAGGCCCUUAACUAUGAGACAAUAGAACAGAAGAGAGCAUACGACAUUGCUGGUCUGCUUGGAGACAUUGGUGGACAGAUGGGGCUCUUCAUUGGGGCCAGUAUUCUUACUAUCCUGGAAAUACUUGACUAUGUCUAUGAGGUGGUCAAAUAUAAAAUCAAGAAACUCCUGAAACCAAAGAAGAGUCAGAAACAACAAAAUCAGCAGAACUUAAUCCAAGAGCAGAUCCAGAGAACAAAGAACCUGCGAGAACAGAACCUGAGAGCUCAGCUGGCUGCAGGAACUAUAGCUACAGUCAGAUUUGAAGAAGUCAAAGUCAAGACAGCUAAUGACGUGGCUCAACCGCACAGUGCACAUCCCACUUCAAUAUUACCAAAUCAUCACAAUGCACAACCGGUCGUACAGCAGGACUUUGCUUGUUGAGGGAUGCUUCUUCUUCUUCUCUUUUAUUUAUUUAUUUUUUUCAUAUCACUGAACUUGAAAUUGGGAUCCUGAAUGGAUCCUGUACACUGAAAUAUACAUUUCAUUUUUUUCCACUUAUAAAAGCUACAGCCAAAGCCUAAUCUGGGACCUCAUCAUGUGAAAUCGGCUCAGACCAGUCACACCGUAUCAGCGCUCACACUUUUCAAAGUCAAUGAAGAAACCACAUGUGCUUUUGUUGAUUUGUGGGGGUUUUCCCUUCUGGAUGGACCUAUCAUGGACCUAAAAGAAGAAAGACUGUUGCAUUCACAUAUAAAUUACCUAUUUGACCGGACAAUUCUACUGAAAGUUAUGAGGAAAACAGAAAGUUGAAGCAAACAUGCAGCUGUUGCCAAGUGCAGAAAAAGUUGGUUUCUGCGUGGUUCUUCUUAUAGUAAUGUACAGUGCUUGUGCCAUUUCACUUUUUCCACAUUUCUUAAUAACAUAAUGAGACUUCUCAGUAGGAGAACAGCUAAAAUAUAGCACUCGUUUCUCUGUGAGUAGGUGUUAUGUUUUUUUCAGUCUUAUGUAACUUUUUCAUUGUGCUAUAGUCCUUAUAAUGAAACGAUCUCUAGGUUUGAAAGAUGAAAAACGCCACACUAGAGCACGCUGUUUGCCGUCUAAAUGUAAACACUAUUAAAUAAUAUCCUUUGUAUGAAAAUAAAAAGGUAAAGGUGAUAGAGAUUUUAUUUUGUAUUCAAAUACAAGCACAUUCAAAUACAAAUAGAUAUAUUUAAAAUUGUAGUAACAUUUUGCUGAAUGUUCGUCAUUUCCAUCUGGUCUAAAAAGGUGUGAAAAGGACUAGAACACAGUAAUACUCACUACAGCUGUAGAAGAUUUAAAACCACCAGGGGUUCUUCU